GUCUACAAGUUCAGUCGUGGUCAAGCCGGGAGGGAGAGAGGAUGUCGAUCGGCAAUGUCGACAGUGAUGAGGGGAAGUCCUCAGACAAUGGCAUCGAGAUCGUCAAGACAGGGGUCACAGCCCAUGCGGAUGAGAGUAGGGUGCUGCGCCUGAGGAGGACCAAGAGUGUGACCCGCGCCGAGCAGAUCACGGAGGGCGAGAGGAAAGCGAGGGAGCUGCAGCCAGACAGACCCCACCAAUAUCCACAUUCUGUUUGCCUUCUUCCUUGAACACCUCCUGGCGAGGGAUGUGAUCCCAAACAACCUAGGUGCCUACAUCCAUGCCACUCACCUCACCACAAUCCUCAGCAUCCCUAUAGUGAUCCUGGGUCUGUGGACAGACCUGUUCAGUCUGCUGGGCAGAACCAUCAUCUGUGCAGUGUAUACUGUACUUUUCCUGAAGCUGUGGUCCUAUGCACAGGUCAAUCACUGGUGUCGUUCUGAGAGAACAUGGAAGAAAAAAUUUUCACGCCGCAGGAGCUUCUCUUUCCAAAAAAUGUUGCGAAAGGAAUAUGCUGAAAAGAUCAGUGAACAGGAGGAGGAAGCAGCAUCUCUCAACCUGCAGCAGUAUCCUGAUAACCUGACCUUAGGUGACCUGUAUUACUUCCUGGUUGCACCAACUCUUUGCUACGAACUCAACUUCCCACGGAGUCAAAGAAUCAGGAAAAGAUUUCUGCUGCGUCGUAUCCUGGAAGUUGCUGCGAUCACUAACAUCCUGCUCGCAAUGUUCCAGCAGUGGAUUAUCCCCAGUGUGCGCAACUCUUUCCAGGCCUUCUCUGACCUUGACUUUAUAAGGUGUGCUGAACGGCUAUUGAAACUAGCAAUCCCUAAUCACAUCCUAUGGCUUUGCUGGUUCUACCUCACAUUCCACUCUUUCUUGAACACACUUGGAGAGUUGUUGCGCUUUGCUGAUCGCAAUUUCUACCAAGACUGGUGGAAUGCCAAGGAUGUGGGCACCUUCUGGCGGCUGUGGAACCUCCCUGUUCACAAGUGGGCAGUCAGGCAUAUUUUUGUUCCCAUGGUUAAGAGCAAAUACAAGAAAUCUACCGCAUCCAUUGUGGUCUUUGUGCUGUCUGCUGUUCUGCACGAAUAUUUGGUGUCCAUCCCACUCCACAUGUACAAAAUUGGGGUGUUCCUUGGCAUGAUGGUACAGGUACCCCUAGUAUACAUCUCAACAUGGGUAGAAUCACGAUUUGGACAGCGAUGGGGAAACAUGAUUGUUUGGGCUUCCCUUAUUCUGGGUCAGCCAUUAGGCAUCAUGGUAUACUACCAUGAUUAUGUAGUUAAAACAUUUGAGCCCAGUAUGUUAGAAAUAUAGUAAGUUUAACUAUGUAUAUUUUUUACAAUUUUCUUAUUGGUGCA